AAGUCACAUGUCAAAUAAUCAAACAAGAGAUCAAGGAAGAUGAAAUCUCUCGUCCACGAGGCCCAUUGCUCUCUCUCCCUCUCUUGCACGGCCGGCGCUCGCGAUGGCCACGGGGCUCGCCGCGGCGGCCGCCCGCCGGCGCUUCCUCCUUCCUCGCCACCGCUGGGUCCGCCUGCUCCCUGAAUCCCACCUCUCCUCCUCGCUGGCCCCUGCGGAAGGCCUGGACGGCGGCGGGGGUGGGGGUGGCGGUGGCGGUGGCGGAGGCGGCCGGGUCAAGAUCUUCGACCGCGACCUGAAGCGGCGGCACCGGGACCGGGCGGCGUGGGCGAUGGGGGAGACCGACGCGCUCGCCGACGCCGUCGCGGAGAACCUCCUCGACCGCCUCGAGGACUGCCGGAAGGCGUUCCCCUCGGCGCUCUGCCUGGGGGGCUCCGCCGGCGCCGUCCGCCGCUUGCUCCGCGGCCGCGGUGGAAUUGAGAAGCUGAUCAUGAUGGACAUGUCAGCUGACAUGGUGAAAAAGUGGCAAGAGAUGGAGAAUGCCACCGAGGACAGCCUCGAGACGCAAUUUGUUGUUGGAGAUGAGGAAUUUCUUCCCAUCAAAGAAAGCUCACAGGAUAUGAUAAUAAGUUGUCUUGGGCUUCAUUGGACAAAUGAUCUACCUGGAGCGAUGAUACAGUGUAGGUUGGCGUUGAAGCCUGAUGGCCUUUUUCUUGCAGCAAUUCUUGGUGGAGAGACUCUUAAGGAACUAAGAAUAGCCUGUACAAUUGCUCAAAUGGAGCGUGAGGGUGGCAUCAGUCCCCGAAUGUCACCUUUAGCACAAGUCCGUGAUGCAGGGAACCUUUUGACUAGAGCAGGGUUCACCCUUCCAGGAGUUGAUGUUGACCGUUACACUGUGAAGUACAAUAGUGCUUUGGAACUUGUUGAACAUCUUAGAGCAAUGGGGGAAACAAAUGCUCUCUUUCAAAGAAAUCCUAUAUUAAAGAAAGAUACAGCUUUGGCAACUGCAGCCAUUUACCAGUCAAUGUUUGGGCUAGAAGAUGGAACUGUUCCAGCAACUUUUCAGGUUAUUUAUAUGACUGGCUGGAAGGAGCAUCCAUCACAGCAAAAAGCUAAGAGAAGAGGCUCUGCUACUGUAUCAUUUAGUGACUUACAAAAACAAUUUGGUUCCAAUCAGAACUAAACUUUAUCAAAUGAAAAGUUGAUGCUAGAAAACUCCUGAAGGAGAAGAAAUCCUCUACAACUCGUCCGAAAAAUUUCUGAGGCAAACAUUAACUUGCUUAUGAAGAAUUGCAUACAGUUUCAGACCUUC